AUGGACGGCAACUCACUAAUUUCGCAGAUCCUAACGGAGGCAGAAAUUACUGAACUGGGCCUACAUAACAGCGUGAUAAGGCAUUGCUCUUCUCCAUAUAUCAUUAACAAAAAGCACUUCAUUAAAAUUUGUGUGUACUACCUGCUUAGUACGUUCCUUUUUUUUUCGGUUUACAUCACCAUCAUCAUCCUCGUACUGACUAGCCCCAGGACGGAACUAAACAAAACAAUAAUCCUCAUCCUUUAUAUCUACAUCUUUCUCUUCUUCUACAUCGACCUCAUUGUAAGUAACAACAUAAAGUAUGAGUUAGUCAAUCGGUAUAACAUAAGGGAAGUUCGUCAGAGGCUUUAUGGGCGCUUUAUGGGCCCAUCCUCUGGGGGAGAUGGCAUCCCGACCUGCACUGUGGGGGUUACCAACGCACCCAUCGUGAAUGAUAUAGGAAAGGGGGAGGACCCCCCCCAGAGGGGAUCGAGAAAAAAAACCAAGCCCCCUGCUCGAGAAGACAAGACAAGCAGAGCGAAGGAAAAGAAAAAAAAAAAAUUAUUCACCAGUGAGAAGUACUACGUUGUGGAGGAAGAAGAGGAACAACAACCCGAACAAAGACACGCACAAGCACACGCACAAGCACACGCACAAGCGCAUGCACAAGCACACCUACAGCAGGAGGGAAGCGAUAUGGAAGUGGGAAGAAGACGAACUGUUAACGAAAGGAUACCACCCCCUGCGGACGAGGAGAAGUUUUAUCACAUAGAUCAACUCAAAAAUGUUAACGAGAGCAUCAACGCAGAGCUCAUGAAGUACAUUCAAUACGAAAACAACAACUACACAAUAGACAACUACCGAUACGAUGUCUUUCUAAUAACCUCUGGAUUUAUCAAUCAGUUAAAUAUAUUCUGUGAUCUUCUUUUUCUCUUCCAUGUGUACGAUUAUAGUAUCAAGUUGUUUUCUGUUUGCCUCUUUAUAUAUGCAUAUUAUUUAGUUCACUUUGGCAUCCUCAUAAGAUUUUCCAUCUUGAUGAUGCGGGCCUUGUUCAGCAUACACAGGAAGAAUUUGUCUCGAUCGUAUAGGAAGGUCACGUUGUUCUGGAAGUGCCUCCUCUCCUUCUUGUGCGCACGCUUGCGCAGGUGGAUGAAAAGAAUCCUCAGAGGGAUGAUCUCCAUGAGGGGGAGUAACCAAGUGGUGAACACACAACCGAAGAUUUUUUUUAAUAAAUAUAUCAGUUAUAACAGUUGGAGCUUCGCCUACCACCAGGGUGUCUCCUUCAAGGAGAACAAAGAGCUGCUAAAGGUGUUGAGAGACUCCGAUUCGGACGACACGAAGCGGGCGAUGCUACGCGUAUGGAGGCCUCCACCGAAUCGUGUAAACAUAAAUGGCGUUCAGAUAAACAGGGGAAGGGAAAAGAUAAACAGAGCGAAACACACAGACAGACAUGAUCAGGCUAAUCGAAAAUUAAAACACACAAAGGAGGAAUGCGAAAAAGCUCUCCGUCCAUCACAUGUCCAAAUCAUCGCUGAUAUGUCUUCCUUCCUCUCCCACUACCAUAUUUUGAAUAUAAUAAAAAGUAAAUUCCUCUCCGCGCACAGCGUCUACGAACACGUGAGAUUCACCCUCGUGUUCUUCGUCUGGAAACUCCUCUACAUGGACGUCGUCCUGUGCCUACUAAAAGUUUUCAUCCUUUUCUACACAAGCGACUUGUUAGCCAAUGUGUUGUUCCUGGUCAUUGGCCUGGUUAACAUUGCCAACUCCUACGUAAUCCAUUUGGUGGACAAUAAUUUGAUGAGCGACAUCGGUUCGAGCUAG